GACACUUACUCUAUUUAGGCCCUAUUAAGCCUAUUAUUCUUUGGGAAAAAAAUAAGGGCUCUUUGCCAGUGAUCGGAAAUAGGCUGUUUAAUACUAUUUUAACUCUGAGAAGUAAUAUAUUAUCGUUAGCUGUGAUAUAUGGUUCAUUCGAUAAUAACAAAGUUGUAAUUAUAAAGAAAUAAUUGUCGGUUGUGGGCCACAUGGUAGUGACGGCGGCAGUUGGUGAGGGGGACGAGGGGGCGGGUGGAGAGGGGUCACCUCUCGACCCCACUGACCUUAACAAACCCAAGUCUCCAGUAGAUGUUGUGGUCAAAGUAUCACACAAACAAGGUGGCGUGGUGUAUGCCUGUUUCUUGCUCCUGGGCCUGGGAACUCUGCUACCAUGGAAUUUCUUCAUCACUGCUCAGACGUACUGGGAUUUCAAGUUUCGGAAUACAUCACUCGGUAAUGAGACAGCUAUUGAGCAGACUGAAUUGCAAAGGUUAUACACGCCUAUGCAGGUCUGCUUUUCCCAGAUACCCAACUUUGUAUUCCUCUUCAUCAAUGCUCUCUUCAGCCACAAGAUUCCUCAACGACUCAGACUUCUGGUGUCGCUCACUCUGAUGAUAAUACUCUUCUCCCUGACCACGAUACUUACACAGAUCAACACAGAUGAUUGGCAAUGGGGCUUCUUUAUAGUAACUAUCAUCAUCAUCAUUAUUAUUAACAGUUCAGGAGCUAUCUUCCAAGGAGGCUUAUUUGGUGUUGCGGGAAUGUUUCCUGAGAAGUACAUUACUGCUGUAGUGGCCGGACAAGCUCUGGGCGGUGUGUUUGCCUCAGGGGCACGCAUUGUCUCCCUCUCUGUUGGAGCAAGGGAUGAAAAUGCUGCAUUUAUAUACUUCAUGAUUGCUGUUGGAGUAAUGAUUCUCACACUAGCUGCCUACCUUUAUAUGUCAAAAACAGAGUUCUACAAGCACUACACUAACUGUCAAGAACCUGAGAAAGAGAAGAGUGGACCUCCUGCUGGAAGGUCAAUAUCUGAGCAAAUUGAGACCUUCAAGGAGAUAUGGCCAGUGGGAUUGUCAGUAUCUGGUGUUUUUGCUGUAACCCUCGGAGCAUUCCCAGCCUUGUGCGUCAAGAUCAUUUCCCACUCAGAUGACGAAAUGUGGGCAAAGGUGUACUUCCAGCCUGUGGUUACCUUUCUAUUGUUUAACGUAGGGGACUAUGUUGGACGUCAAGGUGCUGGUUUUCUAAUGUGGCCUCAACGUGGAUCAAAGAUUCUAUACGUUAUGGUUUUUCUGCGCAUAGUCUUCAUUCCUCUGUUCCUGCUGUGUAACCACAACCCCAGCUCGAUCAUUCCCACUGUGUUUGGACACGAUGCUUGGUAUGUGGUCUUCAUGCUCCUCUUCUCCCUCUCCAAUGGCUACUGUUCAUCCCUCUGCAUGAUGUAUGGCCCAAAGAUGGUGUCUGAAGACAAGGCUGAAGUAGCAAGUAGUAUGAUGGCUGCCAUGCUGGGCUUAGGGCUACUGACAGGAGGCCUUUCGUCAUUUGCCUUUGCACUUAUUGGCUAAUGAGGCCUAAGCAAAAUCUUGAUGUAGAUCUAAACUUGGAAGUCAUAUUGUUGUUGGUUUAAAUAGUAACUCCAUGAAGAGUUAUGAUAGAGCUAUCCAGCUGGAAAAAAUGAUUUAAAAUUAUAUAUUUGUAAAGACAUUGCAUCUUUAUCACUGAUAACAGUUGUAAUGUACAGAGUAUCAUUCAUAUAUAUAUUUAACUAUGAACUCUACUAUAUUAUUUCAAAGAAUUGGAAAGACUUGCAUGGGAGGUGCAUGUAUUGAUCGAUUUAUUGAUGCCAUAAAUGGCAGCUAGUUUAUUGGGCACACUACCUGUGAGCAGAUAGUACAGAAGACUUACAGUAGACAAAAGAAUGUUUAAUCAGACCUCAGUGGCUUUGACAUUGAAUCCUCAUAUUCAGGUUGCCAUUCAGUUAAGUGGCCUUGAACACAUACACAAUGUACAAAUAAAAGCAACACCACACAGUCCAUAUAUAUAUUGACAGCUCUCUCAGUCCAACCAGGGUAAAAAGUACUGUACUGUCAUUGUAUGCUGGUCCAUCGGUAACACAGUUGACAGGAAUUUAAAGCCAACAAUUGGGAAUUCACCUUACAAGUUGAACUGUUGCCUAUUCUUGUAGCAUUCAAAACUGAAUACACAGCAGUAGACAGCAUAGCUAUUCCUGACUGCCUGUCCUCAUUACUGGCCCUAAAUAUCUUGCAGUCAAAUUAAACAUGCUUGUUGUGCAUGUUAGCAACUAGAAAACCAAAAAAUGGGCAAAAUAUUGCACCUUUGCUAUACUUGUUGUCAGGUCUGCUGCAACUAACUUGAGCCAUUUGUGCAGAGCUAUUGUUUUCUGUCAAAUAAUAGGGAGUGUUGCUUAUUUUUAGACAGCAAUAAUUUAAGCUAAAUCAAAGAACUGUCAUGUGUGUAUUUAGAUGAAGAUGCAAAAAGAUUAGAAAUGAGCACUGUAUCUUCUAGUGCUUUAAUUGUAUACCAGCUGGAAUUCUGUUUUUUUCUUCAUUGUUUGUAUUGAAUUAAAUAAGCACAGUAUUAUGAAAUAUAUUUUUGUCUUGAGUAUAGUUUUUACUAUACAAUACUGUGUUAGUCAAAAAUCAAUUCUUAUUUCCUUAGUUUAUAUUUUGACUGAAACAGGAAAUAAAUGUUUCUGCAUAGGUUGAAUGUGUUUGUAUAUAUCUGAUGGCAUAAUUGAGAUUUGUACAGUACCAGAUUGUUGAACCAAUGUUUGUACAGUAGCUGUGGUAAAGUAGUUCUACAAGUUGAUGUAAUGUUAAAGUGAGAUAACCUAGGCAGAUAUGGCGAGCUGGUAUCUUUUGAAUGUUGUGGUGUGAAAUAACCAAGGGGAAAAAACUGAAAAUUUGCAUUUUCUUUUUGUGACAAAGUAUAGUUCUGUAUCUGAGCAUUGUAAUUUGUCUCUCCAGAUAUAUUUACAAGAUUUCAUAAAAUCUUUGAAUGAAAUGUAAUGUGUUAACAGACUCAUAUUUUAUUUGUUACCUUCACUCUACUUUCUAAUGAAAAGGGUUUUAUCCAUAAAUGAAAUAUUAGUUCCUGUUUUUUAUGAGGCUUAUGCAGUAUUUACUUUUAUCUUUAUAUAAUGGCCUUUCAUAUUUUUGGGGAUAAAUAAAGUCUGCAAUACUUGUGAAAAAUUAAGUUAGAAGUUAACUUAUUUUAAGGCUUAUCGUCUUACCAAAUUAUAGUGAUCAUAAGGUGUGUUAUUUAUCUUUAUUUGUGAAGAACAAAGUUAUUUCACCUUAACUGAAAACUUAUAGCCGAGCUCUUGUUCUCUGGCCAUAAUGUUAAUUGUACAUUUUAAAUUUAUUUCGUGUACUGUUCAGUAUGAUUUUACUUUAGUUAUGACUCCGGUGAUUUAAUAUUAAUAAAAUUACUCGUAGGCUUUACUUACUGUUGUAAUACAGUGUACUGUACACGUGCACAGUGAGACUGGAUUUUGUCUGUAAUGAGUUUUAUUUGUUGGAUGUAAUAUUUUUUCUCUUGUUCAAAAUGUUUGUAAAAGAAAAUUGUACAUUAUUGUACCUGCAUUAUUUAGUUGCGUACAUUAGUUUGAUAUAAAAUGCAUUACCGGUGUUCCCAUAAGUAGAAUAUUAAGAAAAAAAUUGACAUUUUGACAUGCAUUAUUUUUAAAAUAUUAAAUUGAUAAAUAGGUAAUUCUUUUUUUAAUUUGACAGUUAUUUUUUAUCUCAUUUCAAUGGGUAAAUCUUGAAGAAUCAAUAAACUGAUUAAGGUAUGAUAAAGGUAUAUACUUAGUUUGAUAAUGUAAGGGUGUGAUGUUAAGAUAUAAUCUUGAUUUAUAAUAACCUGCAAACUGACUAAAUGGUGUGACCAUAUUUUACCUCAUAAGUCUUAGAUUCUCUCAUUGUUUACUGGUUUGUGUUCCUCACUUCAUUGAAUUGAGUUUUUUUUUUUUUAACUCUAUAUGCCUUAAGAUUCAGGAUGUGUGUUGCAUAUGCCUUGUUCAGGUGCUUGUAUCAAAUCUUUGUUGUUGCAGAUUUGUAAUGUCUAAUUUUUACAGAGCUCAAAGUACUAGUAGAGAUUACAGUGACAAUACAGGAUUGUUUAUUAAAUUAGAGGAGAUUAAUUAUCAUCACUAGCAGUUUAUUAUCCAGUUUCAUGGAGUUUCAAAAAGAUACCCACAAAAACUAUCAUACAUAGCAGCACCCCACCAUUGUAUACAACUACAUGUAAGUGAAAAGUGCUGCUUUUGAGUCAUUUAUAAUUUGCCUUUCCCAGAUUACUAUCCAAUAAUAUAUUUGCCUAAAUUUAUAUGAUGGAGGGCAGAAUGGGUAGCUUUAUUUGAUAAUAAAUUGGCCUUCCAAUCAACAAAACCAGAUAUUAAGAAAUUUCAUCAGGUUGAAUGCAUAUUGUCCAUACUAGGUAGAAUCUUGAUCAUUUGAUGUAAAACUAGAUUUACUUUGUCUCCCAAAUUAUCUUGUUCCUCGCAGUUACACACACUUGUGUCGGCUGGCAAAGUUUCAUGGAUGACCAUUAAUUUUGUUUUACCAUUAAUUUUGUUUUGACCAUUAAUUUUUGUUUUGUUUGUUCAGUUCUCUUAAAUCAGAUAUUGUUACUUACAUGCCUCAGUGACUGAUUUAUUUACGGCCUGCCUUCAUAUAGGCAUGUAGAAUAAUAUUUAAGUUCCUUGCCUUUACGUGUAUCUUAGAUAGUGUUUUAAAUCUAUACACUACUGGCUUUGCACUUUCAUUUGAUACAGUAACUAUUUAUUACUUCCAAUAUGUAUUAAUCAGCAUUUCCCGUGACAGUGGGAAAUGGGUAAAGUAUAAUGUAUAUACAUAGUACGUUCACUAAAUGUAUUAUUCUACAUUUAGACAUUCUUUGUACAUUAUAUUCUUCGUGUGUUCAUGGUGCAGAUUUGUACGCUACUAAAUGUUUUCUGGGCGUUGACAGUCCUUGAUAUAAGCAAUUAGAACAGUUUUCAGAAAUUGUCUAUAUAUAUAUUUGUAUUAUUUGUUAGUUAUGUCAUUACUACACAUCAUUUUAUGUGUAUAGCUAUGGUUAUUUUUAGUAUCAUUGGCAAGCAAUUAUUUUCCCACCUUGCUCUAACUACUGAACGGUAGAGCGAUGGUCUCACUUCAAGCAGGUCGGCGUUUAAUCUCUGACUGUCCAUUUGUUUGAGUACCAUUCCUACCCCCCCCCCAUACCAUCCCAAAUCCUUAUCCUGACCCCCCCCCCAUACCAUCCCAAAUUCUUAUCCUGACCCCUUGCAAAUGCUAUACAGUUGCAAUGGCUUUGUGUUUUCUCCAGAUAGUUCUGUUCCCUUCCUAUGUGGAUGUGUCUAAUCUCAAAAAGUCAAUAAAAGCAGACAAAUCUACAUGGUAAGGAUGUCUUAAAUUAAUUUGUUGCCAUUCAUUUGAUGUGUUCUAUAUUAAAAUAAAUAAUGGCCUUUUAUAUUUUAAGUGUAUUUUUUUUUUUCUAAAUCUGUGUUAUUCUGUGUUAUGGUCAUGUAAUGAACCAGUAGAACUAUAUGGUGCCACAUGAUUGUUUAGUUCAUUAUGUUUACUUCAAAACUGUGUGGCACCUGUGUCAUGAAAGCAAUACGUGUACAAGCACAGUGUGUUUGAGAUUUACGUUUUAUUGUUCUUUAAAGCAAAGAAUUUGUUUCAUUGAGCUUUUGCAAGUUGUAAUUAAUGUAUUUUGAAGUACUAAAUAUUAUUUCUUUA